AUGCAAGAUUCAAAGACCUCAUCUGCAAGAAAACCUUGGUACCAAAGAGCAAUGGCGGUCGCGAGACUCGCCACGAACUGGAGAACAAACCCUAAAUCACCACCAGAGAUUCAGAUUCGUCCUUCACGAAACCGUAGCGUCAACAAAUCAAAUCAAAUUCAUCAUCAGCUAAGGAAAUGCACGUCUCUGAAAGUAGCUGCUAAUUCAUUCACUAGGGUUUGUCUUUGUGCUCCGAUCGGUCCAUACGACGACGUUUUCAUAAACUAUGUACCUCCAAGAAGAAGCUCAAGCUAUCCUCCUUCGAGGCCUCUUCCGGUGGUGACUGAGACGGCGGUUACUGUGGCGGUGGCGACGGCGAGGAUGAGUGUGGAUUCAGGGAGGAGGGUUUUUAGAGGGAAAUCGUUGAAGGAGAAUGCGUUGAUGAGGAGAUUUGUUGUGGCGGAGGAAGAAGCAAUGAUGGAGAAUAGAAGAAGAGAUCAAAUGGAGAUUGUGAGGAAGAGAAAUCAAAUGAGGAGGAAGAAGAAGCUUGGACCUAGUCCUCUUAGUCGUAUGGUUAUUGCUGAAGAUGAUGAACAAGUUUUUCAUCAAUGA